GGUAAUCUCGCGAUAACAGCACAGAUCUUGUUCUAGGAAAGGAGGGAGUUCGAAGUUAUGCUAGCUAGCUCUUGUUACUAUCUAUAACUACCUAACUAGUCAACUUUUUAAACGUCAAGUUCCAAGAAGCUACAGCAACCUUGUAAACAGUGGACCACCAUGGACAUUGAGGAUGACACGACGGUGUUCUCCACUCUGAAGUCCUUUAAGAGUUUCAUCUCUCUUCCGGACACGUCUCGGAACCAGGGAGAACCCGCCCCGGUGCAGAGCCACGUCCUACAGAACCAGUACCUGCAGAGGUUACAGUUGCUGGAGGCAGCAGAGAAGGUUCAGUCUAAGACCCAGCUGAUCCAGUUGGAUCAGGAGAAGAGACAGAUGGAGAUCAGUCACAAGAGGGCACGCAUCGAACUGGAGAAGAACGCUACGCUGAGCGCUAGGGACUUUGAGCGUGAGGUGGACCGUAACCAGGACCUGCUGGGACGAAUCAGACGCCUGGAAGAGAGGGAGGCGGAGUCUAGCCAGAGCCUAUCGGAAAAGGCAGAGGCAAACCGUGCUCUACAUCGGACCCUGGAGUCUCUCAACAGGAGGGUGGAGGAGAGGGAUGGAUGGCUCAACACCUCUAACCAGAUUAUAUCGGUUUUAAAGGAUGAGAUCCGGGAGCUGAAGCAGCAGGUCCAGACGCGGGACAACACCAUCUCUAACCAGACACUGGAGAACCAGGGACUACAGGAACAAGUGGAGCUACAACACAGGAAGUACCAGGAAGUGUCUCAGCGGUGCCAGGCCCUCCAGUUAGCAUCAUCCACCUGCUCCGACCACGAACUCAAGAUUAAGGAGUUGGAGAGGAAGUUGGCUCUGCAGGAACAGGAUGUUGUCAUAGUGAAGAACAUGAGGUCAGAGGUCGCUAGGAUCCCAGAUAUGGACAAGGAGCUCCGACAGCUAAGAGAGGAGAAUGUUUACCUCAGGGAGACGAGGGAGAACGUGAUCCUGCUGAAGGAGGAAACUGAGGGUUUGAGACGUAAGGUAGAACGGAUGGAGAAGAUGAAAGAGGAGAUGGUGAACGUGGAGCUGGAGAAGGAGAAACUGUCUCAGAAACUGCAGGCCUGGGAGAACCUGGGACAGUCUACUGGACUCAACAUACGGACACCAGAGGAUCUGUCCAGAGAGGUGAUUCAGAUCCAACAACGAGAGAUCGCUGUCAAACAACACAACUACACUCUCACCAGCAGCUGUAGAUCAGUGGAGCGGUCUAAGGCUGACCUCCAGGGGGAGCUGUUGUCGCUACGUUCUAAAGCUCUGGAAGAACAGAAGAAGAGAGAGACCCAGGAAUCACUGGUCAGACGACUACAGAAGAGAGUGCUGCUGCUCACCAAGGAGAGGGAUGGGAUGCGCGCUAUCCUGGAGUCCUAUGACAGUGAGCUGUCUUCUAGUGACUACACUCCUCAACUCAGCCGCAGGCUCAGAGAGGCAGAAGAUGUACUGACCAAGACUCAGAGCCACAAUACAGAGAUGGAGGUUCUGUUGACUAAAGCCCAAGAGGAGGCUGGGGCCCUCAAACUACAAGUACAGACUAUGGAGUUGGAGCUGGAGGUUAUGAAGAAGCAGCAAGACUCCGUCGCCGAGGGCAACCCCUUAGCAACGAACGAGGAAGUCAACACACUCCGGCUGAAGAUUGAGGAGUUGGAGGGAGAGCGACAACGUCUGGAAGAACAGAACAAUGUUCUAGAGCUGAGGCUGGAGAGACACAACUUACAGGUACACAGUCGUGUGUGUGAGGACUCGACAUACAGGGCUGCUCUCACCUGUCAAUCAUCCACGUCAGGGCUGCUCUCUGGCCUGGUAUAUCCAUGUGAUAUAGCCUACACCUUCACAGUAAAUCCAUGUGAUAUAGCCUACACCUUCACAGUAAAUCCAUGUGAUAUAGCCUACACCUUCACAGUAAAUCCAUGCUGUCUCCUAUAG